UUCACUUUAUUUUAUUGAUUUUGAUCUAAUUUGAAUAAAUUUUAAUUUAAUUCAAAUAAGUUUUAAUCUAAUUAAAAUAAAAUUUGAUUUGACUAUAAUUACAUUUAAAUUUAUUUUUAAUCUCAUUCAGCGUGACAUCAUUUAACAUGAUUUUAAUAAGAAUAAGUAAUAAAAGCAAUUUAAAUGAAGAUAAACUCAUGUCUAUAUCUAUCUCACUAUUUCUUAAUGAUCUUAACUAGCCCGUGAUCUCAACGUCCCAAUCCCGUUUUUGACAGGUUUUUCCAUUGAUUUGAUCAGGAGUUUCACGCGAAAAUGACAUCACCGGAGGAACGCCGGAAACUGAAGGCGGCGGUGACGGAGCAAACAGAUUCCAACAGACAAGACGCCGAUCCUCUCGGUGACAUCAGGCGGCAAUGGAUUUCAGCAGAUUCCACUUCCGAUAGACCUCUCAAGAAGUUCAAAAAUCCCGACCCCAAAUCUUAUGUUCAUAACACGGCGGCCAAUCUUCCGGCGUUGACUGCUUCGAAUCCGGCAUUUCCUCUCGCUCCGGGAGGAGCAGAGCGGUUUCAAUCGGAAAUGGUGAUGAGAUCGUUGGCGUACAUGAGGUCGAUUCCGCCUUACCCCAGCGGCUUCUCGUACCAAACGCCGGCGAUCCCUUAUUUUCCCGGCGACCUGCGGCAGGGGAAUCUUUCUCGGACGCCUUCGGCGAAAGUGUACAGGGGAGUGAGGCAGAGGCACUGGGGGAAAUGGGUGGCGGAGAUUCGCCUCCCGAGGAACAGGGCUCGCCUCUGGCUCGGCACCUUCGACACCGCCGAGGAGGCCGCCAUGGCCUACGACCGCGAGGCGUAUAAGCAGAGAGGCCAGAGCGCCCGCCUCAAUUUCCCCCACCUCUUUCUCGCCGGAGAAGACAACAAAGAUGCGUCGUCAUCAUCCGCCGCCGUGGUUCCCACUUUGUGUGAGAACAACGCUAUGGUGGUGCCGCCGGCGGUGGUACAGCCGCGUCCCCUGCCUUCGCCGGUGGAGCCAGCAACCGAUGAAUCAAUGUGGGGAGGAAUGAAUCAAGAAUGGGUGAACGGAAGUGUUUGGGCUCCAGGAAAUCCAGGGCGGAGGAAGGGGGGCACGCUUGGGCAAGUGCCCCCCAGCGAAAUUCUGGCGAACUAGUGUUAGUGUACCCGAUCGGCGAUGGGAGGCCGGAUUUGCCCCCCCUAAUUGUCGCAGCGACGCAGAAUAAUUUUCUCCUUCAAGUACACGAGGAGGAAACUUUGCAUCGCAUAAAAAUAGGUGAAUUGU